AUGAAGGCCUCUACCCUCUUCGUCGCUGCCAUCUCUGCCGUCGGCAUGGUCUCUGCUUCUCCCGUCGCUGAGAACGAGUCCACUCACCAACUCGAGGCCAGGGAGACCCGAUCCAGCCAAGGAUGGUACUCUUACGGUUGCUACAUGGACUGCUACAACGGCAUGAACCGAUUCCUCCCCCACGUUGCCUACUGGAACAACCCCGCCAACGACCCUGACACCUGUAUCGCCGCCUGCCAGGACGCCGGAUACACUUACGCCGGUCUCCAAUGGGGUGUCCAAUGCUUCUGUGGAAACUCCCUCAACGGAUCUCCUCCCACCGCCUCCACCGACUGCUUCGAGAGGUGCACUGGAUCCGCUGACCACGCUGGUGCCCACUGUGGAGGUGCUUGCCGAAACAACAUCUGGUCCGCUUUCGAGAAGCCAGGCCACUAA